CCCAGUGUACCCCGCGCGCGACACUGCCCUUCCUGCACGCGCCGCCUCCGCCUCGCGCGGUCGCCUGGGAGGCGAUGCCAACUCACCCGUACAACCUUCGGCCGAGCUGCUUGGCUACUACAUCAGACGAAGCACGGCGAGGAGAAGGGGGUGAUAGAAGCAUGAGUGGGCCAGGAGGAUAGGAGACCCGUCGUGCAAGGCAUACCAUCCUCGACGCUGGUGCAAAUACCACCGCGGCCUGCAAGAAGGGUGUUCAAAAGCGCCACAAGGCGACGGGGACAGCUUGAGGGCGAGGACAGCGAUGACGAGCACGCGGGCAAAUGCCACACGUGCAAACGUAGCCGACAGAUACAACACGAGCACCGGCGACCACGGGUACACUGGGCAAAGACCCAGCAUGGUCGGAGCGCAACCAACAAGCGGAUACCCCGCGCGGAACACGGGCAAGCAAUGGGCGACGGCACACACGCUGACUGCGAGCGCACUCGGCGAAUGCCCAGCACGCAAGCACGGCCGACGAACGGACCCCACGCGUGUGAGCAAAAGACCGGCGACGGCGACAUUGGGCAGGUCCGGGGCACGCGCAACACACGCCGACUGCGAGCGUGGAGGGCGAAUGCCUACUACGCAAACAUGGCCGACAAGUUGUCAGCGCACACACUGGGCGGACAACCAGCAGACAGCGUACACGCCAACCGCGAGCACGCUAGGCGAAUGCCCAGCACGCAAACGUGGCCGACGAACACACGCAGGUGGGCGGGCACACGCAGGCGACGACGACAUGCAUGGCGACGACGAGCACGCCGGGCGAAUGCCCAGCACGCAAUCGCAACCGCUAAAAUGGACCGCGCGUGCGUGACGGAAGAACGGGUGAGGGCACGCGGAGGACUGGGCACGGACGGGUAUGGCAUCAGCGGUGGGCAGGGCCGGGACGCGGCAAGAACGGGCGGGUGC